CGCAAUUUCAAUGUUGAUAAUAUUAUAACCAUUCGUCAAUAGUGAAUACUGUUUAUGCCCUUAGAUUGCUUAGUACUCUUCUUCUUACUAACAAUAUUAAUUCAUCUCCUUGAAUAUGUUGAGUAGAGGUAAAAAAAUACAUUAAUUACAAAUAACAGGUGAUUUUAGUGCUAUUAUGGCAGUCACUGCAACCGAUGCGAUUCAUCCACGUUUCGUAAAGAAACCAUUAUUUUACAGUAUGGGACUUAAAAUAGCUUUAGUUCAGUUAUCAGUAGGUAAAGAUAAGAGUAAAAAUGUGGCUCAAGCAGUAAAAAAAAUUCACCAGGCUAAAGAGAAGGGAGCACAGCUAGUUGCACUGCCCGAAUGUUUUAACUCUCCUUAUGGAACCAAGUACUUCAAUGAGUAUGCAGAAGAAGUACCAUUGGGUGAGACAAGUCGUGCCUUAUCCCAAGCUGCAGCCGAGGCUGGUGUAUGUGUUGUAGGUGGAACAGUCCCAGAGAGGUGUGGAGACAAACUUUACAAUACUUGCACUGUGUGGGAUAUUAAUGGAAAACUAGUAGCCAAAUAUAGGAAGAUGCAUUUAUUUGAUAUAGAUAUUCCUAACAAAAUAACAUUCAAAGAAUCAGAAGUAUUAAAACCAGGAAAUGAGAUAACCACGUUUGAAUGCAAUGGUGUGAAAAUCGGCUUGGGAAUAUGUUACGAUCUUCGCUUUCAAGAGAUAGCACAUCUAAUGGCCAAUGAAGGUUGUGGCUUACUAAUCUACCCGGGUGCGUUCAACAUGACAACGGGGCCUAAACACUGGGAGUUGCUCGGGAGGGCCAGAGCGACUGAUCAGCAACUCUGGGUGGCUCUGGUGAGCCCUGCACGGGAUGCAAAUGCGGAUUACGUGGCUUGGGGACAUACUACCCUUGUAGACCCGUGGGGAGCAGUCGUCGCUAAACUUGAUGAGAAAGAGGAUACUCUUGUACACACUGUUGAUUUAUCUAUGCUUGAGGACGUAAGGAGCUCUAUUCCUAUCCGGGUUCAACGAAGGACCGAUAUCUACGACACCGUGCGUAAAUCCUAAAGUCAGCAUUGAAGUGCCAUAGUGCUUUAACAAUAUUUUAUGAUACAAUUGAUUUUGGUAAUGCUAUUGCAUUAAUUAUCAGUAAUAAAUAUUGUAUCCUUGAAAUAUGUUGUCUAUAGUACGCAAUUAUAUUCCGUAAACCAAGUUAGAGUUAGUAAUGAUUAUAGGGGUAUUUUAAAUAAAAAUGCUGGUAAUUAAGGUAAUAUGAUAAGUUUGUUAAAUGUUUAUUUUUUUUAAUGAUCAUAAUAUAGAUUUAUACAAUAAAGGCUAAAUCGCGUACAAAUUUACUCAAAUUGUUAUUCAGAUCUGAUUAUCGCCAGUUUUAUAACCAAAGGAUAUGGUGCGAAGAUAUUCGAUAUAUAUACAUUGUUUGAUAAAUAUUUUUAUUACAA